AUAGCAACGUUCACGCUGCUUUCUGCCUUGGUGGUGGUGGGUCCCCUUCGGGGUUCUUCAGCCUCUCCUUUGCCGUCCCCUCUCCGCGGGUCAUUUCGACAAGGACCCGCUUCCCUUUCUCGGCGGGACCGUCCAGGGACCGUGGCUCUGGCUCUUCCGUGUAGUGUGUCUGUACCCACUGCCAAGGUCACGACCCGCUCCUAGAGCAACUCGUGGUCCCCAAGAAGAACACAGGCAGGGAGGCAACCCCAGCAACUUCCCGAGGAGUCGGCUCCAUUGAACGUCGUAAAUGUGCAACCAAUCUGGCUGCAAGCCUGCUCUUGGGAAGAUCCUGUGCUAUAUAGUUAUGACAUGGUGCAUUAUGGGCACUCUAAUCAGCUACGGCAGGCUCGUGCAAUGGGAGAUUAUCUUAUUGUGGGAGUUCACACAGAUGAGGAGAUCUCCAAGCAUAAAGGUCCCCCAGUUUUCACUCAGGAGGAAAGAUACAAAAUGGUGAAGGCUAUCAAGUGGGUGGAUGAAAUUGUGCCAGGAGCUCCAUAUGUCACAACACUGGAAACACUAGAUAAACACAACUGUGACUUCUGUGUACAUGGAAAUGACAUCACACUUACUGUGGAUGGCAAGGAUACUUAUGAGGAAGUAAAGAAUGCUGGGAGAUACAGAGAAUGUAAACGCACCCAGGGUGUCUCCACCACAGAUCUGGUUGGCCGUAUGCUGCUUAUGACCAAGGCUCAUCACAGCAACAUUGAUGAAGACAUGGAUUAUCGGAAACACACAGAUAACUUUGGGAAAGACCCUAAAGGCCGCAGUCCCUGGACCGGAGUCUCCCAGUUCCUGCAGACAUCCCAGAAGAUUAUCCAGUUUGCAUCUGGCAAGGAGCCACAACCAGGAGACACCAUAAUCUAUGUGGCUGGCGCCUUUGAUCUCUUUCACAUUGGUCAUGUGGAUUUUCUGGAUAAAGUACACCAAUUAGCAGAGCGGCCUUAUGUAAUUGUGGGGCUGCAUUUUGACCAGGAGGUGAAUAUGUACAAGGGCAAGAACUAUCCUAUCAUGAAUGUACAUGAGCGGACCCUCAGUGUUCUGGCCUGCAGGUAUGUUUCUGAGGUGGUGAUUGGAGCCCCUUAUGCAGUCUCUGCUGAUCUGUUGGAUCAUUUUAAGGUAGACCUUGUGUGCCAUGGGAUGACUGAGGUGGUACCAGACAAGGAUGGGUCAUACCCAUAUGAGGAACCCAAGAGACGUGGAAUCUUCCGCCUGGUGGACAGUGGCAACAAUCUCACCACAGAUCUGAUAGUGGAAAGAAUAAUUAAGAACAGGCUGGAGUUUGAAGCCCGAAACCAGAAGAAAGAAGCAAAGGAGCUGGCUGUGCUGGAGGCCAUGAAGAGAAGGGAAGAAGCAGUGGUGAAUCAGAGGGCAGGUCCACUAGGUCAGGAAGAGCAUGAGAGCUAGUAUGGGGAACAGUGCAGCAGAAUCCUCCUCUCCUGGAGCUGCAAAACCGUCCUGGAGGAUAGGAUACUGCUGCCAACCUCAGCAAGGCCUGCGGUCACACUCUUCCUGGCUUCUGGUACACCAGCUGCGUGUGGGGAAGAUCCAGGAUGCUGCUACCUAGAUAGCCCAGGCCCACUCCCAUGGGAAGGUUUUAAUGCUGCCCUCCCAAUAACUGGUUUUAAUUCCAAUGAAUGUUUAACACUGCGGGGUUAUACCUUCUGGCAAUUUUUUACCUUUUGGAGCUGGGAAGUGGGGAUCAUCUCUGCUCAAUGUCUUUUGGAGUCUACAUAUUUUCAGAACAGCCUUCUGAUUUCUGCCUGCCAGAGACAGUUUUCUGAUCUUUAAAGCUGUCAUUUCCAGCCUGGCUUAUUGCCUACAGCUUUGAAAGGAUCCAAGGGUUCUCAGUCAAUAGCAGUACUCACUAGAAUAGGGCCAGAUGCCCUUGGGUGGGUGGGUGUGGCAGGGCUUGGAGGCAGUCUGCAGACUGGCUACAACAUUUCCCUACUGGUCACAAGGGGGAAAGAGAGGUACAGAGCCAGCCAAUCAUCGCUGCUUCCACUGCCUUGCAUCUGGUGCACUGAGAAUCUUCCCAAGCUGUAAUGGGGGGAAGUGUCCUUCUUCACCUGUGCUCAGGCAUGUCUGUUGGCUAUGCCUAUGGCUAAGCAAGAAGAGCUUGAUGGGGAUGCCCCAUCACAUAAGUAUGAUGUAAAAUCUUUGGAAAUCUCACUGUGGUUAAAGCUGUUCCUUAAACCUCUAGUACUUUGUGCUGCUUCACACUCCUUCACACUGACCCUGAACUUCUCACAGGUACCCUGAGCCCAGCAUCUGCUCCACGGUACUUAAAUGCUUUGUCCCACCCAUGCUGGAUGCUUUGUGCUGAGGCCCAGCAGAUUGCUUAUCUGAGGCCUCUUUCUCACAUGUGGUGAGGAACACAUAUCCAGGUUGCAUAUGAGUGCAGGGCUCUUCUCUCUCUCUCUCUCUCUCUCUCUCUCUCUCUCUCUCGUACAUUUUCUGCUGUGUAAAUUAAUAAAAUAUUGACAACUUG